CUAAGCUCGUUCUUGCCUCCAUGUUUCCUCCUGACGCCUCUGUGUUUGCAUUUCUGUUUCAGGAUGGAUCAUCAUGACUGGCAGCGAGGGAGAAGUAGAGGUCACAGGCACUACGAUGAUGAGGAGGAGUGCCAGCCGGUCUACAUUGGUGUUCCAGUUUCCCACAGACGGAAAAGACGCAGACAUCAUUCCCAUGCCAGUGAUAUGGAGAGAGACUCACGGCACACACACUAUGAUCGCCACACGCACCGCGAACACUCACACAGGGGAUAUUACCAUGAAAGAGAGGAGCCGUCUGAAGACGAAGAGGAUAGCACAGAGCAGCAAGAGCACUCGGACCCCUCAGUCUCUCCUGCAGCAGAGCGACUGCGCCACAUACUGGGGGAUGAUGACAGCGCACCAACGCCUACAAUAUUCACAGAGAUGGACACACUACAGCAUGAGGGGGACGAGCUAGAAUGGAAAGAGUCUGCAAGGUGGGUGAAGUUUGAGGAGAAAGUGGAGGAAGGAGGAGAGAGAUGGAGCAAGCCUCACGUCUCCACGCUGACCCUUCACAGUCUGUUUGAGCUCAGGACGUGUCUGCAGACAGGAAGCAUUCUGCUCGACCUGGAAGGCUACUCACUCCCACAGAUAGUGGAUGAAAUCGUGGAUCGGCAGAUUGCUGACGGUCUCAUCCCACCGGAUCUAAAGGAGAAGAUCAGCUUUGUGUUGCUCAGAAAGCACCGCCAUCAGACCAAGAAGCCGAUCCACCGCUCACUGGCAGACAUAGGGAAGUCCUCAAACCCUGCUUCUAACCGCAGUCCUCAUGUUACUCUGAAUCGUAGCACUAGUUCAGCCUCUGGGAUCCACCGCUCCACAGAAGACCUGCGCUCUCGACAGUCAGGCAGCCUUGGUCGCCUGCAUCCUGCACAGAGCCGAAGCAUGAACGACAUUUCAGACACACCAAGCUCAGACCAGUUGAAGAACAAGUUCAUGAAGAAGAUUCCCCGUGACGCCGAAGCUUCCAAUGUCCUGAUCGGUGAGGUGGACUUCCUGGAAAAACCUUUUGUAUCUUUUGUACGUUUGGCUCAAGCCACAACUCUCGGAGGCCUCACGGAGGUUCCUGUGCCAACAAGGUUUCUCUUCAUUCUGCUGGGUCCUCAUGGAAAAACCAAGUCCUACAAUGAAAUUGGCAGAGCCAUCGCUACUCUCAUGGUGGAUGAUCUCUUCAGUGAUGUCGCCUAUAAAGCAAGGGACCGGGAAGACCUGAUUGCAGGUGUUGAUGAGUUUCUGGAUGAGGUGAUUGUCCUCCCGCCAGGGGAGUGGGACCCAAAAAUCCGCAUCGAGCCACCCAAGAAGGUUCCAUCUGCAGAAAUGAGGAAAUCAGUGUUGAACCUAAGUGAGCUGGGCCAAAUGAAUGGCACUGCCAGUGGGGCAGGUGGAGGAGAGGAUGAGGAACUUCCAGCUCCACACGAGCUUGGAGAGGAGCUGAAAUUCACUGGGAGGUUCGGAGGUGGAUUAUGGCUGGACAUAAAGCGGAAGGUCCCAUGGUACUGCAGUGACAUUUACGACGGCUUCCAUAUCCAGUCCAUCUCUGCUGUGCUCUUCAUCUACCUGGGCUGCAUCACCAAUGCCAUCACCUUUGGAGGCCUGCUAGGGGAUGCUACUGACAACUACCAGGGAGUGAUGGAAAGUUUCCUUGGCACCGCUUUAGCGGGGACUGUCUUUUGUUUGUUCGGUGGGCAGCCUCUCAUCAUCCUCAGUUCUACUGGACCCAUCCUUAUCUUUGAGAAACUUCUUUAUGAAUUCAGCAAGAGUAAUGAAAUCGACUACAUGGAGUUACGUCUGUGGAUCGGUCUUCAUUCAUGUCUUCAGUGUUUCUUGCUGGUAGUCUCAGAUGCCAGCUACAUUAUCAAGUACAUGACCCGCUUUACAGAGGAAGGCUUCUCCAGCCUCAUCUCCUUCAUAUUCAUCUCUGAUGCCAUUAAGAAGAUGGUAGGAGCAUUGAAGUAUUACCCAAUCAACAGAGGCUUUAAGCCAGACUACAUUAUUGGUUAUCGGUGUGACUGUGUCCCUCCAGAUCAGGCAUCUAAACUGGGCUUCAAUGUUUCAGCUCCACUCGCAGAUGAUAACAUGACUCUGUUGUUUAACUUGACGGACUUGGACUGGGGUCAGAUGAGUAAGAAAGACUGCAUCAAGUAUGGAGGCACGCUGGUGGGGGAGGCCUGUAAGUAUGUUCCUGACCUGGCCCUCGUAUCCUUCAUCCUCUUCUUCGGCACCUACUCCAUGACGGUUUCUCUCAAGAAGUUCAAAUUUAGCCGCUACUUCCCAACAAAGGUCCGUUCCCUUGUAAGUGAUUUUUCCAUCAUCAUUUCUAUCCUGACCUUCUGUGGACUGGAUGCCCUGCUCUCUCUGGACACCCCCAAACUGAACGUACCCACUGAGCUCAAGCUGAGGAAGCUUAUCAGUGAUUUUUCCAUCUUCAUGUCAAUCAUGUGCUUUGUGGGUCUGGACAUGUUGAUGGGGUUAGACACGCCAAAACUAAUUGUUCCUACUGAGUUCAAGCCUACCCGUUCUGAUCGUGGCUGGUUGGUGAUGCCGUUUGGUAAGAACCCCUGGUGGUGGUAUCUGGCUAGCUCCAUCCCCGCUCUCCUGGUCACCAUCCUCAUCUUCAUGGACCAGCAGAUCAGCGCGGUCAUAGUCAACCGCAAGGAAAACAAGCUCAAGAAAGGUUGUGGCUACCACUUGGACCUGUUUUGGGUGGGGGUCCUAAUGGCAGUGUGCUCUUUCAUGGGUCUGCCAUGGUAUGUAGCCGCUACUGUCAUCUCCAUUGCUCACAUCGACUCUCUGAAGAUGGAGAGUGAGUCCAGUGCUCCUGGGGAGCAGCCACAGUUUCUGGGGGUCAGGGAGCAGAGAUUGACAGGAACUCUGGUGUUCGUUCUGACUGGACUUUCAGUCUUCCUUGCUCCAGUCCUCCAGUACAUCCCAAUGCCAGUCCUGUAUGGUGUGUUCCUUUACAUGGGGGUAGCCUCACUGAGUGGCAUCCAGUUCUGGGAGCGUAUCAAGCUGUAUCUGAUGCCUCCCAAACACCAGCCGGACUUCUCCUUCCUGCGUCAUGUUCCUCUGAGACGAGUCCAUCUAUUCACACUAGUGCAGAUCCUCUGUUUGGCUGUGCUCUGGAUCCUUAAGUCCACCUUCCUGGCCAUCAUCUUCCCAGUGAUGAUUCUUGGUCUGAUGGUCGUACGAAAGCUCCUGGAUCUGAUGUUCUCCCAACAUGACUUGGCCUGGCUGGACGACAUCCUGCCAGACAAAGACAAGAAGAAGAAGGAGGAUGACAAGAAGAAGAAGAAGAAGGCAGCAGAUCAUGAGAGCGAUGAGGAGCCCACCAGCUCUGCCCCUGCACUGCACAUCCCCAUGGAGGCCAUAGAGCCCCAAACAGAGCCAGUACUGGACACUGUUAACCCUCCCUCCCAAAACCAAACCUCUGAUUGAGGCGAACCCGUACUCGACUGUCACGUCUGAUCAGAAUGAAUUAGACCGCAGGUACUGUGUGCUGAAACUGCAUGUGCCCUUCAGGGAUCUGAUUUACCCACCUGACACAAACACUGGCUGAGACCACCAACCUGACAGCAUCAGACAACAACACACUAGCUAGAACUACACAGUGGCUGCAGUACUUGUAUCUGUACAUAUGGUUGAUGAUUUCAGCUGCUCUGAUUGUUUUAAUGGUGCAGGCAUGUACAGUAGAAAUAAUACAGAGAUGUUUCUUAUAUUGCAGAGAGAUUACUGUGUACAGCACAGAGAAUAUGAAUGUUUCAUAAAUAUAAGAUGUAAAUACUCUAGGUCAGGGGUUUUCAAAGUUAAAAUGUCCCCUCCCCCUCUGCAGCCCCGUCCUCUGUCCUUUUACCUUAAGAUAAUUCAGUGGGCCAUGCUUCAGGCAACAACUUAAACACAGUGGCAUUUGGUGUCAGUCAAAACACCCAGAAUAAGCUUUUAACAGUAUGUGCAUCAAACAUUAUAAGACUACACGUUCUAAAUUUGCUAAUAGAGACAACUUUCAAUCACAUUUAUAAACAGCAAUACUGGGACAUCCUAAUCUAACUAACUUCCACUGGAUUUGGGGUAACCUGCAUGCCCUUAACCUUUAACCUUUCCCAAAUUCCCUGAGGUCUGUUAGGGCACAAUUUGAAAACCCCUACUCUAGAUCUUCCCUAUGAUUCAGCACAACCUACUGUUGUUUUCUAUAGUAUAUGUCUAGAUGGAUUCUUAAAUUAUUAAUUUCCUCUGCUGUUAAUGUGUGUGUGAGGAUUUCCUCCUGGAUGGUUUCUUUGACCUGCCUGUGAUAUAUACUCAGUGUUAAUGUAAAACAGUAAUCAGACAUGAGAUUCACUGUAAAAUCAGGUGUAGAAGACUUUUAGCACUUUUAGUAACUAUUUUUUUACUGAAGAAUUUGGCCGUUUGGCUGCUUUACUGUGCUACGACAUAGCAACAUAGACCAAGCUAGCAGGGGUUUGGUGCCACUUUUUAGCAUCUUUUCUCCGUCAUUUGUUCAUAAUCCUGCAUCUACAGAAAAUACAGUGCACUGAUUGGUAAAUGAACCAUGUGAAGUGCUGUUAGAACUGAAAAGACUUCUCAGUCAGAGACAAGAAGUGAUGUAUGAGCAGAAAGUUCCUAGCCUGCUUCACACCAAGGCUGAGAGCUCAACAACCAUAAUUUAGCUUGUGGAGGUGCAAACACCGCAUAAAGAGCAGCACAGCUGCACAGAAAAAGGCAUGUUGUGGAUUUUCCUGAAUGUAAAGGAAAUCCCCCUGCAGGGGGGCAGUUUAACCUUUUUCCCCCCUUGGAGGGACCCAAAGAAUGACAGUUAUAAACCUGUGCGAUUCAUAGCCUGAAACUGAUGUGGGUUAACUGGUUGCUAGUGUUAGUUAUCAGGAAAAGUUGUCAAAAAAUCUUCUCUGAAUCAUAAGUUUUAUUCAGGCAUAUGUUGUAAAUAUUUAUUUUGUGAGUUUUUUCCCUGAAAGCUUGUUAUUGUUUCUUUUCAGGGAGUUAUAAAAAUGGCUGGAGGGUCUUCUUUCUCUGCAGAUGUAGUCGUAGUGAUUUGUAGAGCUGGCGUUCAUGCUUCAAAAAUAACAGUCUGUUUAUCUUAGAUUUUUAUCAACCAAUAUUUCAAGGAACCCUAAAUACUGUCAAAUUAUGAAUGCAUUAUUGUCAUUUUCAUUGCUGCACAAGUGUUUGUGUUACUGAAACACAAACAGAGAAAGAGAGCAGUAUGUAAUCUUAAUAAUUAUACUUACUCCUGUUCUUGAGUUUAGGAACUUUUACUCUAUUUUCAACUCCAACCACUUCUUCUUCACUACCUGUAGUGUAUAUAUUGAUUUUUUUUUAUUCAUACACACAUCCAACAGUUUUAAGUACUUUGCAGAUUAUAAUUAUUUGUACAAAAUACAUCUAUUACAUCAUAGGUUAAUUCAGCCAGCAGUAUAUAAAGGACAUUAAAUUAGCUUUCCCUCCACCAGUGUAUAUUUAAGUUUCUGUAUCAAUAACUGUGACACAGUCAUUUAUAUCAGUGUUUCCCACACAUGGAUGAUGCUCAGAUGGGCUGACCAGGUAUAUUCACAGCCACUGAAGUAUGACUGCAGUUUUCAUUAUGGUGAGAGAAACAGAGCAGAAACAGGAAACAAUGGUAGAGAAUAAGGAGUGUGACAGGACACUGUGAGAGGAGAGGUGCAGUUAUGUGUUUGUGUGCAUGAGUGUGUGCAAGUGUAAAGAAAAUAUCUGUGGGAAGCACUGUAAAUCAUUAUUUUAUUAUUAUAUAUUCUGUAUAAAACUAAUAAGCUAGUUCUUUUACUUCAGCACAGUGAGAAUGAACAGACUUACUGCUGGACGCUGAAAUAUUUUAAAUGUGUGAGCGCUGUGUGUACAUGGGAUUUUAACAUGAUAGGAUUUUGGUUGUUUCUUUAUUAAAUAAGCAAUAGUGAAUUCCAUUUGCAAAGGAAGAGUUGAAACUAACAGUUCAUCGGAGACUGCAGCACCACUGUGCAUCUUCUAUUGUAUUUCUCACUUUCCCAGCUGUUGAUCCUGCAUGGCUGAAAGUCUGAUCCUUUUGACCUGCUUAUACGUCAUUAGAUUAAACUGCUGCUGAAUGGGAAAACCUAAAAGCCUCUUCAAAGAGCAGUUUGAUUCUAAAUACACAGCUAGUGCCGACAAUACAGCCAUUUGUGAUUUCAAAUAAGAUAUAAUAGACCAGUGUUACUCAACCCUGCUCCAACAAAGAGCCAAACUGCUGAAAAAUGCCUUUGCAAGAGCCACAAUGUAAGUGGAGAAAGUGGCAAAAACGGAUUCAAGUGGCGUCAAAAAUAAGUACAAGGUGGCAAAUAAUGGUCAUACAGCAGCAAAAAAGGGUGAAAAGUGGGAAAACAGGGAGGAAAAGUGGCAGUAAGUGGCAAAAAUGAGUGAGAAGAUACUAAAAAAAUCAGUUACAGGUGGAAAAACAUAGCCAAAAAACAGCAAAUAUAUGGCAAAUAUGAGUGUUAAAUUGACUAAAAUGGGAAAAAAAUGUGGCAAAAAUGGUCCAAAAGCAGCAAAUCAUGGCAGAUGGCUGUAAAAGUGACUAUAAUGGGGAAAAAUGGCCCAAAAGCAGCAAAAAAUGAGUGUAAAAGUGACUAAAAUGGUU